AUGACCCCAACCCGACUGUUAGUAUUCUUCGUUCUGCCCUUGAUGCUGAUUCAUGGCACCAUUUCCGUAACUGUAACAACCAGCAACCCAAAAAUGGAGGUCCAUGAGAACACAAAUGCUGUUCUCUCCUGUAAGUUCCAGACAGAAAAAGAGACCAAUCCACGGAUAGAAUGGAAAAAGAAAGGCCAAGAUAUCUCCUAUGUUUAUUUUGGUGGUGAAUUUACAGGCUUGUUUAAAGGCAGAGCUUCAAUCGAUGGAGCGACAGUGACCCUGCUUGGUGUUACUCAGAAAGACUCAGGGGUCUAUCACUGUGAAGUCACUGCAAGCCAAGACAAGAUCAGUCUUGGGGAGGUCACGGUCUCCCUCAAUGUGCUUGUACCUCUCCAUGCUCCUUCAUGCCACAUGCCUGCAAUUGCGAUGAGUGGCUCUGUAGUGGAACUGCACUGCGAGUACAGGCACACUGUCCCACCUGUCACUUACAGCUGGUAUAAAGACAACAGGCCUCUGAGUAUAGCCCAUGUCCCAGACAUUAACUACAUCAUAGACAACAAAACAGGCAUUCUGAAGUUUACAAGCUUAUCAAUAUCUGAUGCAGGACGAUACCGCUGUGAAGCCUCUGACGGUAUUGAGCCACCAAAGAGCUGCGUGGGUCAGCAUAUGAAUGUCGCUGAGUUUGAGCUGAAUCUGACUUUAGUAAUAGCAGUUGGAGUGGGUGCUGCACUCUUAUUGCUCUCCUGCUCUCUGACUGUUUUUCUGUGCUGCCAGCGAGGCUACUGUUACAAGGAAAGGAAAAGAGGAAAAUGUAAAAGAAACAUGGCAAACUACAGCCCCCCAGCAGAUCCUAAACAUUACAAGCACACAGAAUCUUUUGUGAUUUAAAUGCUUUUCCAAGACAUGGAUGGCGGCAUAUGCUUAUAAGCACCAGAUUGUCAGUUUGCUUUAAACAUCUGGAAACUGAUGAACGGCCAGCUCAGUGUACAGACAGUGCACCACCUUGCUGAUUCAUGGAGCUUCAACCUGUUUUACCUCUCCAUACACUCAGAGCUGGAUGAGGUCACUGAAAGUGUCAUGUCUACCAGUGUGGAACAGUCU